UCUGGAACACCGCCAACAAUACUUUUGACUUCCGGUUUGGCCAGAUAGGCAUUACAUUGCUGGAUAUUCUCACCAUCACUGGUCUGCCAAUCGACGGUGAGUCAUACGUGCAUGGUUAAUUUGACGGCGUUCACUUCCCCUCAGAGAUGGUCCAAGCUGGUCGCGGUGCCCACAGCGGUUCCUACCCUCGAUGGGUGACCCAUUAUCGCAAAUUGCACAACGUGACCGGAGGUAUCUCCUUCCUGGAGUACUGGCUCUGUAAGUUCAUCUUCUGUACCUCCUCUAACAAGCUCACUGGUCCCUGGACUUCUCUAGCCACAACACUCUACAAUGGCCGCCGCGUGGGUCUUGGUCAAGCUGUAUUAGGUGCAUUGUAUCGCACUCUCUACUAGGCCAUAAUGCACCCUUUCGAGACUGGAAUUUCUGGCCCCUUCUGGAUCCUCGACUUCUGGGUUCAAAUCUACUUCCCACACUUCAGCCGAGACGACAUCCCACCACUUCCUCUGGCCGAUGAACUUUUGGGUCAGUGGCUCUGUAGAGCUGAACGAUACACUUUGCCACCAUACUCUGAGUGUUUUUCGUAUUUAUACCUGCUGGAUGAGAUGCCAGACUUAGCCUUGGUGCUUAGUAGAACUUUCCCGCCUCCACUUGAGCAUGGGUUCUUCCCUGGGGCCCCUGAAUACAGCGAUCACGCUCGCUUAACUUUCCGCCGCGCGAUCUCCUGUACAAAUAUUAGGCUCGCGACUGAUGAUAUUAGUUACGAGCUUUACGCUCCCAAUCAUUUCUCUCGCCAGCUCGGCACGGUCCAGUUAGUACCAUUUCCCUUUAUGAUGCUUGGAAUUACUACACCUCCUGGCGCAGAAUUGGCCCUCCAACAAGACCUCCACCAGCCCAAAGCAUGCUUUCCCUUGUCCACCUUCUCGAUUGGGUUGAUGAAAUUAUCCCCAUCAACGCGGUCGCCGAGGCUUAUGACAACUGGUGGUCUCAAGUUUCUGUUAACUGCUGGAGGCAAAGGGAUGACGAACUUUUCGCCACCCUCUUCCAGGACCUGAGGUAUCCUUAUGAGGCUGAUUCUGAACAGCUCGCUCGCUUCCCUGAGGAUGAAGCACAACCUCCGCGAACAGAGCAGGCUCCGCGACCCGAGCGAGCCCCUCGCCCUGCUCAAGCAUGCAUCAUAAUCCGCGAGCCAUCACAAGAGCGAAGAAGUCAACCAUCUUCUUGUGGUCAAGCAGCCACCGCUUCUCCAGCCAUCGACCAAGCCGGGAAACAGAAAGCCAUAGCGACAGAGCCUGAAGUCAAAGACUCCUCUGAUGAUGAAGACUCACAAACGAUUGCCGCCGCUCUAGCCCGCAAGCACAAUAGCUCUGACCCCUGGGCCCAAGAUGAACCAAUCGCUGAUUGACUGGUUCGUCGCAGAUCCACAGGCCCCUUGAGGCACAUUGGGGAAGGAUCAUCCACUGUUGGCGGAGGAAAAGCCUCUUCGCACACUCAAGCACCACCUGAUUCAGCCAACCCUCCACCUCCUGCCAAUGCCGCAAGUGACUCGUAGUUGGCUCUGGUGCCAAUGGAGAUUUUAGAUGACAGCUCGCCCGAGGUUGAGGAAAGAGUGCCACUGCUAAACACCCCUCACGAGCAACUAGCUGUGGUUAAUACUAUGGAGCAAGUAGCCCCUGACUCAGUUCCAGACACUGUCGAGGUUGUCCGGGAACAAAUGGCAGCAGAGACCCCCGUCCUUCUUAGUGCUUCAGAAACUCCUCGUAAGCCCGUUGUUGAACAGGGUCAGAACUCUGCUCAGAACGAGGAGAUGGCUGUCGCUGCUGAGGAUAUAGUUGGUGAAAACCCCACUGAACUAGUUGGUGAAAAUGUAGCUGUCCAGGAACCUACCCCCCUUGCCCCCUAAGUACUUGAAGCAGGGGAAGGAGUGAGCCUUGAGCCAGUGCCAGAGGUAGCUCAUGUCGCGGAGCCUCUUGAGGCCCCUAUCGCUGUUCCUGUACCUCAAAUAGCUCCUCCAUUUAAAUUAGAGUGGUUGGCUAGCGUGCUUGAAGUGACUCCCCCUGGAGUUGUAGAUGACACUAGAGAAGGCCUUCGCCGUCUCUUGGGUCCUGAUAUUUUGACACCUAGCGCGCCCACUAGAGCUUUAGAGUACCUCCGGGUACUUCUCCGCAAGGGCGCCAUCACUGAGGCCCAGUUCCACGACAUAGAGAAGCUGCUAGAUGACCUCCCUAGGUGGCUUAAUGAGAAAAUGGCUGCGACGGCGCAAGCCAGGAAGGCCCAAGCCCAUUAUCAAGCCUUUACCCAACAAAUGGACAACCUGCGCGACUUUCUAGAUGAGACUUGAGGCUCGUGGAGAACCAUCUUCAGUCUCAGAUCCAGGAACUCUAGGCUGAA